CCACUUAGGUAUCUGAUCUGAAAUUAACAGUUGGAAUCUCAUCAUCGAAGUGGGCGGAGCUAGGAAAUGAUGAUGUCUGGGCGACGGGAGCAGGGAAGAGGCAGUGCAAUGGUGGCCGCGGCCUUGCUGCUGCUGCUGCUGUCUCACUGUGAGAUGGCUCGUGCGGCGGUCUAUACCGUCGGAGGCGCCGCCGGUUGGACCUUCAACGUGGUUGGCUGGCCUCAGGGGAAGCGCUUUAAGGCGGGGGAUGUCCUUUUAUUCAAGUAUAAUCCAACAAUACACAAUCUUGUGGUUGUAAGCAAAGCUGGUUACAAUACGUGCUCCGUUCCAAAGGGUGCAAGGACUUAUCGAUCGGGGAAUGAUCGGAUCGUGCUAAGGAAGGGCCAAAAUUUCUUCCUCUGCAGUCUCCCUGGUCAUUGUCAGUCCGGAAUGAAGAUAGCCGUCAAUGCUGCAUGAUGCUUUAUAUAUACAUAUAGUAUCUUACUACUUGGCGCAAGUUACUAUAUGUGAAAUUAAUAAUUAUUAUGUGUAUCUAAUGCGUCAAUAUUUAGCUGCAUAAUAAAAUAAAUAAUUGAAAUAAA